AGGGCGUAUCGUAUCGUGUUCAACGUCGUCUUGAUGGUGGUCUAUCUGUUUACGCUAUCGUUCAACAUGUUCGUGAUGCAAACGUUCGAGCAACUUGUCCUGUACAUCAUGUACAUUGUUUUCACGGAAAUAGUAAUGGUGCUGAAGGCACUGAUCACGUAUUAUAAGUUCGAUCAGAUAUGUUACCUGUACCGGCAAACGCUGGACAGUGACUUUAAGCCGGUCGACGCAGAGGAGGAACAGUUGCAUCGCAAGGGUAUCGGAGAGAUUAACUACUACUUCUAUCUGUACAUCACGACGACGCAUCUAGCGAUUGCGAGCUCGUUGCUGUACCUGCUGCACCAGGACUACCGUAUGCCGUACUUUCCUUGGGUGAUGGGCAUCGCGUAUGGAUCGACGGAGCGGCUCAACUUUGGCAUCAUGUUCGCCUACCAGGUGGUCGGCAUGUACUUCCACAUGCUAAUCAAUGUGGCGAUAGACGUGCAGCUGUGUUACUUUCUGGGAAUGAUCGGAAUUCAGUUGGAUGUGCUCGGGAAACGGUUCCGGAUGAUACAAACCUCCGAACAGUUUGGGAAUAGCUUCAUGACCCUGAUCAAUCAGUACCAAAAAUUGCACAAGAUGACCCGAAACAUUGAACAGCUGUACUCACCUGCCUUCUUCGCCCAGUUUAGUGCUAGUGGGUUGGUUAUCUGUGCAACCGCUUUCAAAACAUCUUCAAUGUUUAACGUUUACGAGCUAACGGCCAUUCAGAAUCUACUGUACAUGCUUGCAAUGAUGUUUCAAAUGUUCCUACCUUGCCGGUUCGGUAAUGAGGUGACUCGCAAAAGCCAUCUUCUUCGCACCUCCAUUUACAGCUCCCGGUGGUACGAGAUGGGGCUGUACGAUCGCAAAACGGUGCAUAUGUUGCUUCAACGCAUGAACAAACCACUGACCCUGAAGGCAUACUAUUUUUUCAACUACAAUUUACAAGCCUACACUACGACACUCAAUAUGGCCUAUUCCGUGUAUGCACUGCUGCAACGGAAUGCUUUGAAGAAAUCAUAAUGGGACGCAUGCUCACCAUUGAUAAGCUCAGCAUAAUUUCUCAUUCUUUCUACAGUCGUCGUUUC